AUGGCUAGUUACGCUUUAAGUCUGUAUCAUAUCGUGGCAGCUGCUUUCGCUGGUGUCGCUGGCUGUUUGGGUAUCAUGCUCCGUAGUCAAUUUGUUAAUUCAUCAUGUACCAGUAAGCCCUUCAUCGACAUCUUUCAAAUAGGUGUAAUAGCCGCUCCAAUGGCACUGGCUGGUUCGGCAUUGUUAGCAGGCAUUUUCCACAUAACCCAUUUGCUGCUUCGUGAGUCAGCCAACAAAUACUUGACAAUCAUACACUGGAUUUGUAUUUCGGUAACAAUCGUCAUUUCAGCCGCAGCGGUGUCAUUAGGUUCCUACUACUUGUAUGUUGACUUAAUUGCUUUUAUUGGUAAUUCAAGCGAUUGCGUUAUGAAACACGAUCUGCUAUUGAUUAACGCUGCUACUAUUGCAGUUGGCUUAUUUGAGCUCCUUAUCUGCUUGGCUUCAUUUGAGUUAUGUUGUGAGAAAGGAUCUACUAGCUUUGCUAUUGGUUCUGGCCGAUAUCACUAG